AUGGCAGGCGAACAUCCUAAGAACGUCUCUCCCAAUGGUUUCCUCUCCCUUCCCAUCGAAUCUAAAGCUUCAAAUUCAAAGCGUGGCCGAUCUGUUUCGGACGCUGGCUCUGAACAAUCUGCGAGAUCCAGCCUGUCCAGAAUUACAUAUGUUGAGGAAGAUGCUCAGAUCGCUGCAUAUUCAGAAUUCGAGGAUUCCGACAGCAUCAUCCAGGCAAAUUACACCUGCUUAGAUCGUCUGGUCGUGUUUAUUCGCAUCUUGUUCUGCCUCCCAAUUCCAAUGAUGACGAACAAGAAAUCUCCAAAGCCUGCCGAGGCCGUGCCACUCAAUAUGGAGAGCUCUCCAUGGGUGCUUUCCGUUUCCGUUCUAUCAACGCGCAAAGAUUCGGAUAAAAAGCCAGUACCCAAACACGCGAAGUGUACCAUCGAUACCGGUAAUAUGCAAGGAAACAUAGUGUCGAGGGAGUUUGUUCAGAAAGUUCUAGAGUAUUCGGAAGCAAACUUUGUUCCUUUGACAGCAGAUGAAAGAGAGGGCGGCUUUGGUAUAACAGGCGACAAACUUGUGCCGGAAGGAGCCAUCUAUCUGACCUGGUAUCACAGCAAGAGUACUAGGGUUUUUCAUAGCAUGAGGUUUCUAAUCUCGCCCCAUUCCCAAUGCGACCUUAUCAUUGGAGCUCGAUCCAUACAAAAGGAUAAUUUGCUUGGCGUUCCAAACCUGAUGGCAACAGUGCCUAUCACUAGGGUUGCAAACGAAGGGGAUUUUAGAAUGGACAGGAACGAGCAGGACCUAGAAAAAGAUUUUCUCAAACAGGAUAAGAGAUACCAAGAUAAGGAAGUCGAACUCAUCGAGGCGGGAGAAGAUAUAGAAAACAACAAGGAAUUGAAGAAUAUUGGAGAGGCCCGUGAUGUCGCCAAGCAAUUUCAACUAAUCCGACAGGCACAACUGAAGAACAACCAAAAGCUAGCAGUUCAACUGCAAGAAAAACUGGAGAAGCUACCAGGCUAUAAAAGUUCUGUGGUCCUCUCCAAGUCGCAAAUUACUUCCUCUGGUAUAGAAAAUAAGAACGAUGCAGUCCAACUCGUCAAGAAAACGAAUCGGGAAUCUCCAACUAAGAAAUAA